CUCUCUCUCAAUCAACAGAGAUUUAACUACUUUUCAUUUCAGAAAAAGGCAAAAGUUGGUUAAAAGAUGGUGAAGAUAUGUUGCAUUGGAGCUGGUUAUGUUGGAGGUCCAACAAUGGCUGUCAUUGCUCUUAAGUGUCCUGAUAUUGAGGUCGCCGUGGUUGAUAUCUCGGUCUCCCGGAUCACAGCCUGGAACAGUGACCAGCUCCCGAUUUACGAGCCAGGGCUAGAUGACGUGGUCAAGUCACGUAGAGGCAAAAAUUUGUUCUUUAGCACUGAUGUUGAAAAGCAUGUUGCUGAGGCGGACAUUAUCUUUGUUUCGGUCAAUACCCCAACAAAGACUAGAGGUCUUGGUGCUGGAAAGGCAGCUGAUUUAACUUAUUGGGAAAGUGCAGCUCGUAUGAUUGCUGAUGUGUCGAAAUCUGACAAGAUUGUGGUUGAGAAAUCGACGGUUCCUGUGAAAACAGCAGAGGCGAUUGAAAAGAUUCUGACCCAUAACAGUAAAGGGGUGAAUUACCAGAUCCUGUCCAAUCCCGAGUUUUUAGCUGAAGGGACGGCAAUUGAAGACCUUUUUGCCCCUGAUCGUGUGUUGAUUGGAGGUAGGGAAACCCCGGAUGGUCAAAGGGCGAUUAAGGCAUUAAAAGAUGUUUAUGCACAUUGGGUGCCAGAGGAGAGGAUUCUUUGUACUAAUCUUUGGUCAGCUGAGUUGUCCAAACUGGCAGCUAACGCGUUUUUGGCACAGAGAAUUUCCUCUGUGAAUGCCAUGUCAGCGCUAUGUGAAGCCACUGGCGCUGACGUGGCAGAAGUGUCCCACGCUGUGGGAAAGGACACCAGGAUUGGACACAAGUUCUUGAACGCCAGUGUUGGGUUCGGUGGAUCUUGUUUCCAAAAGGAUAUCUUAAAUCUAGUCUACAUUUGUGAAUGCAAUGGGUUACCGGAAGUGGCUAGUUAUUGGAAACAAGUGAUCAAAGUGAAUGACUACCAAAAAACUCGGUUUGUCAACAGGAUUGUUUCAUCAAUGUUUAACACUGUUUCGGGCAAAAAGAUUGCAGUUUUGGGAUUUGCGUUUAAGAAAGACACCGGUGACACAAGGGAAACUCCAGCCAUUGAUGUAUGCAAAGGAUUGUUAGGAGAUAAUGCUCAACUAAGCAUCUACGAUCCACAAGUAACCGAGGAACAGAUUCAGAAGGAUCUUUCGAUGAAAAAGUUUGACUGGGACCACCCUGUGCACCUGCAGCCCAUGAGCCCGAAUACCGUGAAGCAAGUGAAAGUAGUCUGGGAUGCGUAUGAGGCAGCCAAGGGCGCACACGGGCUGUGCAUAUUGACCGAGUGGGAUGAGUUCAAGAAUCUUGAUUACAAGAAGAUUUAUGACAGUAUGCCAAAACCGGCAUUUGUGUUUGAUGGAAGAAAUGUUGUGAACGCGCAAGAACUUAGGGAUAUCGGGUUCAUUGUGUACUCAAUUGGGAAGCCAUUGGACUCAUGGUUGAAGGAUAUGCCUGCUGUUGCAUAAAACUUUGUUGUUCUUCAUCUCAGAAGAGGAUUGCAGGAUAUGGUCCAUUGGGAAUUUAUUUUCUUGUUAAACAUAUGUUCUUUAUUUUUGCUAUGAUUUAGUAUUGUGUCAUUUGUACUUUACCUUGUUGGAAUAAAUAUUUAAAUUUUGCUAACAA